AUGUACUCUAUUCUCUCUGGAUUGAUCGUUUUUUGAAAUCGGGGAUUUGAAAUCGGGGAAGAAAAUAGCUAAUCGCGGGGUACAUAGGCUUAUUCCUAAGGCCGAUCGUAAGAAGAUUCACGAGCAUAUCUUCCGCGGUAAGCUCUCAUGUCUCCCCGGCUAGCCGACAACGAUAUUUACUGACCAUCUGCUUCUAGAGGGAGUUCUCGUCGCAAAGAAGGACUUCAAUCUUCCCAAGCAUACCGACAUUGACACCAAGAACCUCUAUGUCCGUAGUUCAUUCAGCCUCUUCUCGGCCCACUCCCGGCAUACUAGCGUAACUAACGGGUCUCAUUUCUUGCGUCGUUACAGGUCAUUAAGGCUUGCCAGUCCCUCACCUCUCGUGGAUACCUUAAGACCCAGUUCUCCUGGCAAUACUACUACUACACCUUGACCCCCGAGGGUCUCGAUUACCUUCGCGAGUGGCUCCAUCUCCCUGCGGAGAUUGUCCCAGCCACUCAUGUUAAGCAGAACCGCAGCCAUGCACCCCCCAGAGGAAUGUUGAGCGGUGAUGGUGACAGAAGGCCCGGUGGUGGGCGUGGCGGUGAGAGGGGUGACAGAGAGGGCGGAUACAGAAGGAGAGGAUUCGGGGACAAGGAGGGUGGUAAAGAUGCCCAGCCUGGAGAAUUCCAACCUCAAUUGUACGUGCCUCCAUCGGCUUUUCUGGGGGAGAAAUUGGGUGUGGGGAGGAUAAUGGAGAAGGCGCUAACAUAUGUUUUUAGCCGUGGUGGAUUCGGUCGUGGACGUGGUGCUCCCGCGGGACUCUAA